AUAUGGCCAGGAUGGGGUCGUCAUCCUCGUCUUCUUCCUCGGGCCGUCGUGAUCCAGAUCUGAUCCAUCUCCGCUCCUCUGCUUUGCUCACCCUUCGGCGGCGGCGGGGUUCUACAGUGCCGUGGUACUGCACCGUGGCAUUGAUUGCGAAUGGAUGGCGAAAUGAAUGUCCGACGCAAAGUUGACCUAGAGCGCAUGCUGCUUGAUGGAAGUGCAGAGCCGACGUACCUGUCGUUAUCCCUUUUAGAAGACAUCACAAACUGUUUCUCCGAUGAUCAGCGAAUUGGCAGCGGUGGGUUUGCGGUUGUUUAUAAGGGAAUGGUGGGAAAGGGGAUGGUCGCUGUGAAGAAGUUGUCCAAAACAUUUGGUGUGCAUGAGAAUAAAUUCCAUAAAGAGGUUGAGUGCUUAGUGAAGGCCAAGCACAAAAACAUAGUGCGUUUCCUGGGAUAUUGUUCUGACACGCAGGGGAUACCUGCAAACCACGAAGGGAAGUUUGUCAUGGCUGAGGUGCAGAACUGGUUGCUAUGUUUUGAGUUUGCAUCAAAUGGAAGCCUCGAUAAAUAUAUUAAUGAUGCUUUUCAGGGACUUGAAUGCAUAAAGCGUUAUCAGAUAAUCACGGGAAUAUGUGAGGGCUUACUUCAUCUUCACGAGAAGCGCAUACUCCACUUAGAUCUGAAGCCUGCUAAUAUAUUGCUAGAUGAUCACAUGGUACCCAAAAUUACUGAUUUUGGUCUAUCAAGGUGCCUUGAUAAAGAGCAAACCCGGACUUCUACUAUGAACCCAUGUGUAUCACUGGGAUAUUCGGCAUCAGAAUCCUUCGCCGGAAAAUUCACAUUCGCAUCAGACAUAUAUAGCCUUGGUGUUAUCAUCGUGGAGAUACUUACAGGAGAGAAGGGGUAUCCAGAGGAGGAGGGUGUAGUUAAGACUUGGAUGAAUCGGUUGGAGGGAUCGAAUCAGUGGGAGACACAGUUGGAGCAAGUGAGAGUAUGCAUUAAGAUAGGGAUGGAGUGCAUUGACUCGAACCCAAAGAAGAGACCAGUUGCACACCAUAUAAAUAAUAGGUUUCAUAAUAUGACAAGUAUCGUCGAAACUGGCACCAGUGGUUCGUCAGUUGAACAACAUGCUGGUUUUCUAAAGGAACAAUACUGUCAAGAGAUAAUGACAAAGCUUUCAUCUGAGUACCUUGGAAAGGACAUCAAGGAACAUGCUGAAACAGAAGAACUUGCAGAAUAUGUUGGGACACCUAAAGAAGAUCAAUGGCAGCAAGGUCGAGAACAAGUUCCACGUGAUCAGUGGGGAGCGCAAGAUAAAAAGCAAAAUUUCAUCCCACCACAAGGUGCAAGCAUUUCUAGCUCUAGCUCUGGUUUGCUUUACAAGUUGAACAAUUUGGACAUCUUCAACACAAAAGCACGUAGAAACUACGUGCGGUACGGUGGGCUUGCAUUGCAGAAUGUAAGAAGUGUUAAACUUUUCAAAAAGGGAGUGCUCAUGCCAUUUUUAAAGGAGCAGAAUUUGAUUGGAAAAGGUGGCUUUGGAGAAGUUUACAGGGGACUUGUUGGUGGUGUGCAAGUCGUAGUAAGGAAGGUGAAUAGUGGUCGUGUGCUAUGCACAGAACAAUUUGCAAAUGAAGUCAUCAUCCAAAGUGAGGUCAUUCACACAAACAUCGUUAGGUUAAUAGGUUGUUGCUUGGAAGUUGACGCCCCAAUGCUAGUCUAUGAGUUUGUCUCCAGAGGGAGCCUCGAUGACAUUCUUCACAGCAACAAGGUGCCUCUCAACUUGGAUUUGCGUUUAAGUAUUGCUGCACAAUCAUCACAGGGUCUAGCUUAUAUGCAUUCACAUGCCAAUUGCAAAAUCCUACAUGGUGAUUUUAGACCAGCAAAUAUACUUUUGGAUGACAAGUUUGUGCCAAAGAUCACAGACUUUGGCAUGUCAAGAAUGGCCGUGGCAGACUACGGACGAACUGGAAUAAUCGUUGAUACAGUUUACACGGCUUAUACGGAUCCGGUAUAUAUCCAAAAAGGCUUGCUGACCGAAAAAAGUGAUGUCUACAGUUUUGGAGUAGUCAUGUUGGAGCUCCUUACUCGUAAGAAGGCUACACAUGCUGAUAAUAACAGCUUAGUAAGGAAUUUCCUUGAUAAUCACAAGCAGAGGAGGAAAUCAACCGAGUUGUUUGAUAAGGAAAUUUCAGUGGCAGGAGAUUUGGAGCUUCUUGACUAUCUGACAGAAAUUGCUGUGGAGUGUCUUAACCUUGAUGUGGACGAAAGACCGACAAUGACGGAGGUUGCAAUGCGCCUUUUCACACUAUAUCGACCCCGUAGACAAGUUGGGAGUUGACGUGUUGAAAAGGCUUAUCAGAUUGUUCGCUCUCCUUAAUUUUUUUGGCGCUUAAGCCUUGCUUAAUUACCUUGUGAGGGUAAUAUGUGUAUCCAUUUAUUCUGGCCCACCACUGUGAUGUUAGAGCAGCACUACAAGGCCUUUAGUGGAAGCGUGAUUACUUGUUGCACUGUGUACUGCUGAGUAUGUUUGUUCAUAGGCGUUUGGGUAAAGCUGAUGGAGGUCGGAUCACGUUGCCACCGAACCAUUUGUCCGAAUUCGUGUGGCGACAUAAAACAUUCCGUGUGUAUACCUAGCGGCAUACGCAACGGAAACUGUUCUUCCGAUCC